UUACAUUUUCAUAAUACAAUUGAGGCACAUUAGGGAUUCGGCUAGAACGCGCUUGUGUCCGAGUACUCGAGUGGAGGUGUAGUAGCUGCGAGUAGUGCAUUACAAAAGUUGUGAGUAGAUUACGUUGUAUAGCGAAUGUGACGAGUGCGGUGCGAAUGGGACGUUGAUAGUAAGAGGGUGGACGUAAUCCUGCGAUAUCGCGUAUUAAAGUUUUGGAAGCAUGUCUUGGGUGGUUUACAAUUCCGAUUAAGAUCGUGUGUUGGACAGAAGAACGGAAGAGGAACAGGAAGACUACUGUCACAGAUAGCUCAUACCCUGGCUGUCACGACGCCAUGUUACGAAGCCGAGGACCGAUCACGAGUAUCAGUUCAUCAAUACUGUGUUGUAUUGUACUCGUUUCAGCGAGCGUGGAUGAUGCCGUCACAAAAUCCGUCAACGAUCAGGAAUUGAAAACGCAGAAGGAGGUUUCUCUGGAGAUCUCUUCGUCGCAGGACUCUCAAGGUAUUGAGGCAGGAAGUACGCCUUCCUUGACAUGCAAACUGAGCGAACCGGGAAGAGUUUGGUGGACAGCGAAUGGGAAAAAUCUGACUACAAUAAAGGAUUCUGACUUGGGAGGACGUUUGGAUAUUCGAAAGGCCAGUAGAAAUGACACUGGAGAGUAUAUCUGCAUGGCUCAAACUGCUAAAGGAUUAUAUCUUCAAAAGUCUAUUAACAUACGUGUUAUAGAACCCGGGAAAGUUGACACCGGUGAAAACACAAGCGCCCGAGUAGAGACUGCAGCUACGUUAACGUGCCACUUUCAUGGCUAUCCUCUGUCAAAUUUCAGCUGGUCCAAGAAUGACGAUGACAAUAACGAACACUUGACGGACCUGAUGUCUGUCGCGAACGUGAGUGAGAAUGACGUUGCGUUGACGCUGGAAUUCAAGAGUCUGACACGUAAGGACAACGGGACUUAUGAGUGCAGGGCGUACGAUUAUAACGGUCCGGUAAGCGGUUACAGGCAUCUCUUUGUGAUCGACGUGCCGCAAGUGAAUAUCGAUUUUAUAAAAGCGGUGGGCGCUGGGAGCAUUUAUUUGAAUUGGACGGUAAACGACGGGAACAAACCGAUAAAGAAGUACUUCAUACGGCACAUGAAAAACGGAACCAAUCAGUGGCAAUAUUAUCCUGAGCAAAUAGGCGGUGGCAAUUUGAGUUACGUUUUGAAGGGUUUCGAGAAAUCCACGGCUUAUCAGAUUGGAAUCAGAGCUACCAAUGAGAUUGGCGACUCUCACUCUGGAAUUAGUCCACAAUGGAUCAGGACUCUUGAGAAAGAUCCAGUAUUUGUUCCCACGGUUCAUGUUAACGGUGUUACCGUUAAUUCCAUCACCAUUGCUUGGGCGCCGCCGCCUCCAGAUUUACAGGAACACGUCCACUAUUACAAUUUAAUGGCAACUUAUGGCGAUCAGAAGAGAGAAACGGUAUAUCUUGCGCAAACGCGCGAGCUUUACGCAUUUCCGGAUCUCGAACCAGCAACGACCUAUAAGUUCAAAAUAUCGGCGUGUAGCGAAUACACGAGGAAAUGUGGAAACUGGAGUAAGGAAGUGAAUGGAACCACUCUGGAUGGAGCUGCUAGUGCUCCACAAAAUUUGUCGGUUACAUGUCGUUUUGAUAACAUAAGCAAUACCGGUUUCGUCUCUGUAACAUGGGCACCGCCAGCCAGACCAAAUGGUGUCAUUACGCGAUACGAAAUCGAACUGCAUGGUAUCGCACAUUAUAGAAAUGACAUGGGGCGUCUCGAUAUUGAUCGAUGGACUCGACAAGGCGGAAAUGUUAAGCCGGAGCUGUUCGGCAAAACUUUUGAUAAGGUGCCCUCGAACACAAACUACACGGCUCGAAUAUAUGCCAUGACGAGACAACGCACACCCGGAAAAGAUUCUACGGGCAAUUGUACAAUGCCUGUUACAAUACCCGACAAGGAUAGCUUAAAUAUGCGCACGUGGCGCAAAGUCGAGAGUGAGGGAAAGCAUUUCUUUAAAUUGUAUUUACCAAGAAUCUCAGAGAGGAACGGUCCAAUUUGUUGCUAUAGAAUAUUUAUGGUAAAAUUAGCACAGCAGAGUACAGUGGCGGAUUUACCAUCGCCUGAGAAAAUUGAUGUUUAUUCUUAUCGGUACGCGCACGCGACCGAAUCUAGUGCCGCUUACAUUGCUGAAGCUUUCGACAGUGAUCGUCUGGUAUCAGAAAUUAUUCUUGGCGAUGGAGAGUCUGCUAAUACAAGCAGUGCUUGCGACAGAUGCAUUGGACUGAGACCCAGAGCGUUGCCGCCUUCAUUGAAUUUGGUACCUGAGAUGCCACUACCAACUUUUGUGAACAAUGGAACAGUUCCCACCGGCGCUACCGUAGCGACGCCAUCUACCAUGCCGGUACCACUGAGUACUAUCGCUACGACGGUGACGGAUACUACAACAGCGGCGACAGCGACAGCAACUACAGCUGGAACGGUACUACCGUCUCAGCCAGGUUCCUCAGGACCUUUAACAGCAACUAUGACAACGACGACUUUUGCGACACCUACGACUGUUAACGACGAAGGUACAACUGGUAGUGUCGCACGAAGGAGAAGAGAAGAUGCAUCAGUGCCAAACAUGGUACCGGUUGAAGAAUUGUCGCCUUACUCUCCGCAGGACGGUUUUCUAGCCGAGGGAUAUAAUUAUACUGGAUUUAUUGAAGUUAUCGUUUUUGGCCAAGAGGAAGGUCAGUUGUUAGCGGCUUAUAGUAGUUACUUCAAUCCGCUUUUCGGCGGAUUCGAUUCGGAAGACACUGUAGUAGAAGAAUUGACUAUGUUCAGCGUGAUAAUGCAAAUAUUCAUAGUUUUGAUAUUAGUUAUCGUUAUUCUUCUUAUUGCACUUUGUGUACUGUACAGAUACACAAAACGCGCGCAACAAAGAGGCGAGGAAAUCAUUACACUGAGGAACAGUUUUAGGAGUCUCAGGGGUAGACAUCAGCUAGUGACAGUAAGUCCUCCGGAUAUGACGCCUAUACAGAAAUCCGACCUUCUACAGUCGUACAUCGAGAGACACCGAGACUCGGAUUAUGGAUUUCAACAAGAAUUCGAAUUGUUGCCAGACAGAUUUGCAGACAGGACAACAAGAGCUUCGGAGGCUCGAGAAAAUCUCUAUAAAAAUCGUUACCCAGAUAUUAAGUGUUACGAUCAAACAAGAGUGCGACUGGCGCAGAUAGACGGGAUCUGCGGUUCAGAUUACAUCAAUGCGAACUUCGUUCUUGGCUAUAAAGAGCGCAAGAAAUUUAUAUGUGCCCAGGGACCCAUGGAGAAUACCGUAUGCGACUAUUGGCGGAUGAUUUGGGAGCAGCACCUAGAGUUGGUCCUGAUGCUUACUAACUUAGAAGAAUACUCCAAGACGAAGUGCGCGAAAUACUGGCCCGACAAGGGUGAGACCAACAGCUUUGGAGACAUUACCGUUGAACAUGUUAGAGAGAGGCCUUACUCGGAUUACGUAGUGCGCGAACUGAAGAUGACACGCACCGGUGAGAGAGACUCUCGCACCAUAAUCCAGUAUCACUUUUUGGUGUGGAAGGAUUUCAUUGCCCCCGAACAUCCUCAUGCUAUUCUGCGAUUUAUUAAGAGGGUGAAUGAGGCCUAUUCCCUGGAGAAGGGUCCUAUACUGGUACAUUGUAGCGCAGGUGUCGGUAGAACCGGCACUCUAGUAGCUCUGGAUUCCUUGCUACAGCAGUUGGCUGAAGAGGGUCAAGUCUCCAUUUUCAAUACUGUCUGUGACCUCAGACACCAACGUAAUUUCCUGGUGCAAUCUCUGAAGCAAUACAUAUUUAUUUAUCGCGCUUUAAUGGAAAUGGCACAGUAUGGCGAUACGGAGAUUCCGGUGCAUCAAUUGAAAGAAACUGUUGAACGACUGAGACAAAGAGACAAUGGAAAGGAGAAAUGUAGAAUGGAAGAGGAGUACGACAGAAUUAGUUCGGUAUUGGAGGAUCGGAAGUCCUUUUCCGUGGGUGGCGGCGAUGAAAAUAGACUUAAGAAUAGGAGCGAACUGGUGAUACCAUAUGACAGAAAUCGCGUGAUCCUUACACCAGUUCCUGGCAGAGAGCACUCGACAUACAUAAAUGCCUCGUUUAUAGAAGGUUAUGAUAAUUCCGAGUCAUUCGUCAUCACGCAGGACCCAUUAGACACAACCAUAGCAGACUUCUGGCGAAUGAUCCUAGAGCAAUGUGUCUCGACCAUAGUCAUGUUGUCGGACUUAAGCGAUGGGCCACGAAAAUGUCCACGUUACUGGCCCGACGAUGAGUCCGUCUACGACCACGUGAAAGUCCGAUACAUCCAGAGCGAAAGCUGUCCUUACUACACACGUCGAGAACUCUGUGUAUCGAAUACCAAGACCGACGAGAGUAUAGUUGUUACUCAGUAUCAGUAUCACGGAUGGCCGACGGUGGAGGGCGAGGUGCCGGAAGUAACGCGAGGUCUAAUUGAACUUGUAGAUCAGACAUUAGCCACCGACAACGAGACCAGUGGACCUCUGAUAGUUCACUGCAAUUGUGGUUCAGACAGAAGUUCUAUGUUCGUCGCGCUUAGUAUUCUGAUUCAACAGUUGAGGACCGAGAAACGAGUUGAUAUUUUUACCACGACGAAAAAGCUGAGGUCGCAGCGACACGGGAUGAUCAAUAGCUUUGCUCAGUACGAAUUUCUACAUCGGGCUAUUGUAAAUUAUUCGGACCUUCAUAAUCUUGCCGAUGAGGAAGCCGUAUCUUAAUGAAGGCUAAGAAUACGGACGUUCGGACAAACGUACAUUGGAAUAACCAAAGAAGGUGUCAUCGUAAAUGACAAGCACAGGGUGACUCAGCGGAGCUGAACACUCCAUUUAUUUUUUUAAUUAUCUUCCAUUAUGAACACCGUAGGACUUAAAUAGAUUCUUCUGCGAAGUACGUUACUUCUGGAAACAAAAGUCUCGCGUAACAGGUUCGAAAUACAAUUUUUCAGUGACAAUGUACCUUUUUUUUUCUACAACAUUUUUACUUAUAUGUUUCUCAAAUUAGAGGAAUUUAUAAUUUCAUAAUUUCCAUAACGAUGUUCGAUUUUUUGUAUGAGAAAGUAUAGUUACGUAUGCGAUAGGUUUCUUUGAGAUGUUCAUUUUCGAUUUGUCACCCGCUAUAUUGUUCCUAUCGUGUGUGGGGACGAUAAUUUUUGUAAAAAGUGUAACCGGACGAUCAAAGUGAGUUUGAUUAUCGUAAUUUUCCGGAUAUCGCGUCUAUUUCAAUCACCUGGCAAGGUGUCGUCAAUGAACGCAUCGCUCUUGUUUUCUAAGUAAUUUCUACUGAAUUUGCAAUACAUAUUCUUUAGCCCUAAUGAAAUAAGAUUGCGACGUUUAAUAUGCCGACAGAACGUGUAUCAUGUUGCUAAUCAUGUUUCAGUGCGAUAUGCGUAUUCCGUAUCGAUAAAAAAAUUGUCCUGUAAACUUUUGUCUAACGAACUCUAAUUUAUGUGUAGCCGCGAAAAAAAUGCCGAAACAAACGAAACUGGCUGAAAAGUUUUUAUAACAUAAAAA